UUUCUCUAUGCAGUUGCAUUCUUAUCGUGCAGCGAUUUAAAGAAGGCACACCCUACAGCAACAAGUGGAUAUUACAUCAUUGAUCCAGAUGGAGAGGGAGGCCUGGAACCAUACUCAGUGUACUGUGACAUGACUGACAAAAAUGGAGUUGGCGUGACAGUCAUCAGUCACGACAGUGAACGUAGGACGCUUGUUAAUGGACAUGAAUAUCCAGGCAGGUACUCGCGUAACAUUCACUACACAGGAGCGAGCCUGUCUCAGUUGGCGACACUCACCCGUGUCUCCUUACACUGCGAGCAGUUUAUCAGGUAUGAGUGCCAUGGUGCAAGGAUAUUAAAACAUGGAUCGUCAUGGUGGGUGUCACGUGAUUCUACUAGGAUGAGUUACUGGGGUGGAGCAUCCCCUGGAAGUGGUAAGUGCGCGUGCGGGAUGAACAACUCAUGUGCAGACCCCAGUUAUGGCUGCAACUGUGAUAAGGAUGACCCUGUAUGGCGUGAAGACAGCGGUCUCUUGACUGACAAGACAAAGCUUCCAGUAAAACAGCUAAGGUUUGGUGAUACUGGUCAUAGCACCGAGCGAGGCUACCACACUCUGGGAAAAUUCAAGUGUUACGGUACAGCAUAA